UCCUCCUCACCGCGUCGGAGCUGCUGGCAGAGACCACAUGGCGGAUCCCAAUCUCCGGCAUCUCCCCGCCACUUUCUGUCACCGGCCGUGACCCCGGCAGCAAAACUCCGCCGCUCACACGGAAGAAGCUGCUUAAUGUGUGAGAUGUGUAUUUCUCCUGGGGAAGGCUGCACUGGCUUGGCUCAUCCCUGUGGAACACAUGAAGACGCCUGCCUUACCAUUGUUGGAACGAACUCUUUAGGUGGCAGCAGUACUGUAGAGACCCUCAAGACCUGCGUUGCUGCCGAAGAUUGCUACGCUGGUUCCAUCAGCAUCACCACCAAUGCUGGGUUGCAUUUGGAGAGCAUUUCCAGUUGCUGCCAAGAUAACCUUUGCAACCGCCGGGAACUGAAUUUGCCACCUGUAAACCUCACCUCCAAUGGGCUGGAGUGCCCUGUUUGUUUUGUCUUUGGGUCUGAUCACUGUCAGGGGACUGAGUUUCUGAGUUGCACAGGUGUGGCAAGUCACUGCAUCACAGUGUCUGGAACCCUGCAAGCAGGUAGUCUCCCCUCCCUCUUUGUAGCAAGAGGCUGCAGCACGGAGACAGCAUGCGCCCUACCUCUGGGGAGAGGCCUUUACUCUACAGGUGUCGUCUAUAACCUCAACAGGGUGGAAUGCAACCUGGCUUCAAAAGCUAAGAAUGGCUGAAAUGGAAGUCAGUCAAGGGUCAAAACCACUCACUGUCUUUUCUCUAUGCAACUCUUUAGGGAUGCCAGAUCGACAGCAUCCUGUUCCCCAAGAUUUAAAUAUCUAAAAUAUAUGAAAUAAAUACU